AUGGGUGAAUAUUCAGAUAGUGAGCUCAGCUACACUCAGUCCGAAACAGAAUGGAAAAAGUCAAGCAUGUGUCAAUGGAGAGAAGAAGAUGACAAUGAAGGGAUUGCUCAUGGAGAUGAUCAAUGGACGGAAGAUGAUGAUUGUCUAGGAGAUUUUGAAGAUGAAUCAAUACCAGAGAUAGUUGAACCAAAGCCACUAGACCAUACACAUCACAUCUCAUGGAGUUACAUAUCUCAGACAUCAUUUCAAGCCAUAUACAAAACCCGAAGAAGGUUAUCUCUAGAUGAUGGCUAUGAAUACUUUGGACCCGAGUUCUUUAAAUUUCAGGUGGAAGAGCAGGCUAUCUAG